ACUUAUAAAUAGCAAGAAUGCCACUGAAGCCAAGUACAAAUACCUUGCUGCACACUCCAAGAAAACACAGAGAUCAGAAAAAGCUUCAAACUAAGCUCAACAAUGGCGGAAAAACAAGAAACACCCACUAAACCCCAUGUUCUCAUCCUCCCAUAUCCAGCUCAAGGUCACAUAAACCCAAUGCUCCAAUUCGCCAAGCGCUUAGUCUCCAAAGGACUCAAAUCCACACUCGCAAACACCAUCGCCAUCAACAAAUCAAUGCACUCAAACCCCAAAACCCUAAUCGAAAUCGAAACCUACUCCGACGGGUACGACGAAGGCGGCUACGCUCAAGCUGAGAGCGCAGAGGUUUACUUACAAACUCUAGAAGUCGCCGGUUCGAAAUCCGUGGCGGAGUUGAUCAAGAAACUUGGAGACUCGGGUCAGCCCGUUACUGCAAUUAUUUACGACGGGUUUAUGCCGUGGGCGCUUGAUGUGGCUAAGAAAUUUGGAAUUGUGGCGGUGGUGUUUUUGACUCAAGCUUGUAGUGUUAAUGUUAGUUAUUAUUGUGUUCAGAUGGGUUUGCUUGAAGUUCCGGUGGUGAAUCCUACGGUGGCGCUUCCUGGUUUGCCGGUGUUUCGGGUUUCGGAGCUGCCGUCGUUUUUGUCAGAUUAUGGAUCUCAUCCUGGGUUUGGUUAUUUGUUGGUGGAUCAGUUUAGAAAUAUUGGUGAAGCUGAUUGGGUUCUCUGCAACACAUUUUAUAAUUUGGAGGAAGAGGUGGUGGACUGGAUGGCUAAAAAAUGGAGACUAAGAACAGUAGGACCAACACUGCCAUCAAAAUACUUGGAUAAAAGACUUGAAGACGAUACAGAUUACGGCAUCCAUCUGUAUAAACCAGAUUCAAGCACAUGUAUACAUUGGCUCCAAACCAAACCUACCAAUUCAGUCGUAUACGUCUCCUUCGGCAGCAUGGCGGAUCUCGGAGCAGAACAAAUGGAAGAGCUAGCAUUUGGAUUAAAAAGUACUAAAUACUACUUCUUAUGGGUAGUAAAGGAGUCAGGAAAACACAAACUGCCCGACAAUUGCAUCGACAACGAAAAAGGUUUGGUGGUGACAUGGUGCCCGCAAUUGGAGGUUUUAGCUCAUGAUUCAGUAGGUUGCUUUGUGACACAUUGUGGAUUAAACUCUGUUCUUGAAGCAUUGUGCUUAGGAGUUCCGAUUGUGGCGUUGCCGCAAUGGAGCGACCAGCCUACGAAUGCGAAGAUGGUCGAGGAUGUAUGGAAAGUGGGGAUCCGAGCUCCGCGCAAUGAUGAUGGUGUUGUGCAAAGAGAGAGCGUGGAGAGGUGCGUUAGAGAAGUGAUGGAGGGUGAUAAGGGGAGAGUGAUUAAGGAGAAUGCUAUGAAAUGGAAGAUUUUAGCUAAGGAGGCGGUUGAUGAAGGUGGAAGUUCUGAUAGAAAUAUUGAUGAACUUGUGGCUAAAUUAAAUAGCUAGCUUGCUUCUUGAUAUUUUAGCAUUGAAUUUGUAUUUCUACGUUGAUCAUUCGUAUCUUCAUUGUUGUAAUGUUUAAUAAAGAAUUAAUGUACAAAAUUCUAAUA